AUGUGCUAUGAAUGCAACGGUCAUGGACAUCUCAAGAAAGAGUGUCCCAACUAUCUGAGAGGGAAGGGUAAAGUGUAUGCUACUACUCUUAGUGACUUAGACUCCUUUAAUUCAAACUCGGAAGAAAGCUGUGAUAGAGAAGGAAACUACUCCGCAUUUAUGACCAUUGCUCCCGUACAAUCUUCGGAUGAUUUGAGUGUGUUAGUGGAAGAGAUUGGUGAGCACACUGACGUGGAGUCAAUAGGGAUAGUCGAGGAAUCCGAUGAUAAGGAAGAUGAAAGAACAGUGGGAUUGCAAGAAACCUACAAUUCCCUCCUUGAGAAGACUGGUGAAUAUGCAAAAAUGGCUAAAGCAGCCAUUAAGAAAAUGAAGAGAGCAGAGCAAGAUUAUAAAAGUCUUUUGCUUGAGGUGAUUCAAGCUAAUGCUAAAGUAGAGCGGGUUUCCUCCAAGAAGCUUGAUGAAGUGCUUGCUCAUCAAAAACCUUUAUCCAACAAAAGUGGAUUGGGAUACAUCGGAGAGAGCAGUUCAAGUGCUAAUAUAUCCAAGGAUAUGAAGUUUACGAAAGCUAAGGAACUAAUGGUGGCUAUCACUACAGCUAAGAAAGUAAAGGCAGAGAAGAAGAGGAUUGUGACAGACCAACGGGUUUUGAUAAAGCCUCAUAACCAAUCAGUGGUCAAACCUAAAGCAAAAGGAAAAUCACUUCCAAAAUCACAAAGAGGUCUGAGAACAAAACAUUUCUACCAUCAUUGUAGACUUCAAGGACACACCAGACCUAAUUGUCAUAAGCUUAAAGCAUUAAAGAAUGCAAGUGCGCAAAGGUUAAGAGGACCAAGAAAUGACAAAAGGAGUUGGACUGCUAAGCAAUCAAAAAGUUAA